AUGUCUCUCACCGCUCGGGAACGCCGCAACCCUCCUCCGCGGCGGAAGUCGUGCGCCGCCUGCACCAAGGCCAAGCGGCGCUGCGACUUUGCAGUACCGGCCUGUCUCCGGUGCUCGCAGAGAUGCAUUCCCUGUCAAUAUCCUUCGCGAACUCCGCGGGGGCAGAGCAUGACGACGAAUUCGUCAAGUUCGCCAGAGACCAUCAUGCCAGGCUUGCUGACGAAUGAGUCGGCAUCCUCUACGCCCCCGGCUGUCGGUCAACUUGAUGAACCCAUCGUGGAGGAUUUCAAUGCUCCAACCUUGGAACUAUCACCCCCUUCUACGAAGGAGUUUGGUGCAAUCCCAGAAGCCAUCACAAGUCGACUCAAAUGGUCAAUAGCAGAGAUUCAAAAGGCCCCUUCAACUAUGGUCCUCGAGAACCAGACCCCUUGGUGUCACGCUCUUCUAUACAAGAACGAAAUGCCACGAUCAAUGCAGGGUAAAGUUCACCUCUCGUCCUUCGAGUACUUAACUAAGACCUUCUGCAGACGCACAUGCAGCCUGUGCACUUUACCUCGCAAAGAACCGAGUGAACUCUCCUUUCAUCUUCCGGCAUCUGCAGAACGCAUGAUCCCCGCGAUAGAGUCUUCAGCGAUGACUCUAUUUUCUCAUGUGCAAUUUGACUUGGAUCGGACGUCCACCUACUCCCUCCCCCUCUUCCCGAUAGCCCCAACAAAGACAUUCUGGAUGGACUGGAUCCUGCAAGAGUCUCUUCGACGCACCCUUCUCUUCACAUUCUAUUUUAUGCAAAUCUACCGCAUCAUGGCCGGCUACAAAGGGUUGCAGUGUGACGGGAGGAUGGGGCUAUGUCACUCCUGGACCCUGUCAGCGCAUCUAUGGAAUGCGCGUUCACCGCUGGCCUUUGCAGAGGCCUGGAUGAACAAGAAGCAUUUGGUAGUGACAGAUGCGAUAUUUGGCAAAGUACUCCAGGAAGCGAUGGCCCAUGAUAUAGACGUGCUUGGGCGUAUUUUCAUCUCGUCUCUUCUGGGGGUGGAUGAAGCAGAGGGCUGGUUUGCGAGUAAAGGUGGGAAACUCUAG